AUGGCAGCGCAGUUAGCGCGGCUAGCUAGUCGGAAACGGGUGACGUUGGAAGAGAAGGAGCAGCAUCAGUGGGUGGUCGACGAGGCGACGCUUUCGUCAGUCAUCGCUAAUGGCGAAGAUGUCGGACCUAUUAUUCGCCCAGCAUUUGAAAUGGGGAAACCCGAAGCGCUUCUUCACCAGCUUCGCACGUUUGUGAAGAAGAAGGAGGUGGAGAUCGAGGAGCUCUGCAAGCAGCACUACGAGGAGUUCAUCCACGCCGUCGACGAGCUCAGAUACGUGCUGGUGGAUGCGGACGAGUUGAAGCAUGGGCUGGCGAUGCAGAACACUGAGAUGCAGGAGGUGGGCAGCGGGCUGCUGCACAAGCUGGACGAGCUCAUUCAGCACAACGCCAUCAAGACCAACCUCGCCUCCGCGCUGCAGCUGCUCAAGAAGUGCAAGACCGUCGUCGACCUCUGCGCUAAGGUGAACGAGGCAAUAGCAGCGGACAGCUACUACCAGGCUCUAAAGACGCUGGACGCUAUUGAGAGAGACCACCUGCGCACCAUCCCCUCCUCCGCUCUGCGCGCAUGGGUGGAGAGGGGUAUUCCGCGGUGCAGAGCACACAUCGAGCGCAAGGUGAACCAGGAGUUCAACGAGUGGAUGGUGCAGAUCCGCGAAACGAGCCAGGAGAUCGGCCGGCAGGCGAUAGGACAGGCGUUCAGCGCGAGGCAGAGGGAAGUUGAGCUCGGAGACAGGCAGAGGCAGGCCGAGGAACAGACGCGGUCAGGGGCGAGGGCAGUGGCGUACAUGCUGGAAGUGGAAGACGCGGAGGAGGACGCGUCAAUGCUCAAGUUCAACCUGACGCCCAUCUACCGUGCGCACUACAUAAACACGUGUCUGGGCAUCCAGGACCAGUUCCGCGACUACUAUUACGACAACCGCAAGCUUCAGCUCAAUACUGAUUUGCAGUUCACGCCAGGGCAGUCGUUCAACGACUACUGCUCGCAGGUGGCGGGGUUCUUCAUAGUGGAGGACCGGAUCAUGCGCACUGCUGGGGGGGUCAUCAAACCCGCUCAGGUGGACGUGCUGUGGGAGACGGCCAUAGCGCGCAUGCGCAGUGUGAUGGAGGAGCAGUUUGCAUCCAUGUCAUCGGCCGACCACAUGCUCAUGGUCAAGGAAGACAUCUCGCUCUUUGCUGCCGCGCUGCGCCGAUACGGCUUCCAGGUGUCUCCGCUAUUGGACGUGCUGGCAUCCAUGCGAGACAAGUACCACGAGCUGCUGCUGGAGGAGGCGCGGCGGCAGGUGAACGACUCGAUAGCCAACGAUAAGCUGGAGCAGAUGGUGAUGCGCAAGGAGUAUGAGUACAGCAUGAACGUGCUCGCCUUCCAUAUUCAGAGCACGGACAUCAUGCCAGCCUUCCCCUGGAUUGCGCCCUUCUCAGCGUCAGUGCCUGAGAUCUGCCGCAUAGUGCGCAUAUUCAUUGACAGCUCCGUGUCCUUCCUCAAGCACACGGGCCACAUGGACCAGUACGACCUCGUGCGCCGCUACCUCGAUCGCCUGCUCACCACUGUCGUGAACGAGGCGCUGCUGCGGCUCAUUGGCAACCCCACACUGCAAGUUUCACACGCCAUGCAGGUAGCUGCGAAUAUGACAGUGAUGGAGCGAGCAUGUGCAUUCUUCGCAGAGCACGCAGCCAAGUCAUGCGGCAUUCCCUCCCGCCUUGUGGACGGCGCGCACGGCACGCUGGCCGCCAGGAACACCCUCAGGCAGUCACAGGCGGGGGCAUACGACGCCAUGCUGCGCAUCAUGAAUGAGAAGAUUGACGACAUGAUGUCGCCUGCAGAGCAAAUUCCAUGGAAUCCCAUGGAACCGCCUGGGCUGGUGAACGAGUAUCUCACGGACCUCUGCAUCUACCUGGAGACCAUGAUGGAGACAGCCAGGCAGCUGCUUCCCCUCGAUGCCUUCCAGCGGGUCAGCGGAGGCAUGAUGCGCCACAUCAGCAACGUCCUAGUCAGCCUGCUGUGCGGCUCUGCCGUGCCGCGGUUCAACCUGUACGCCAUCCAGGGCGUGGACAACGACCUGCGUGUCAUUGAGGGUUUCGCCGACCAGGAGGAUGAGAAGAGCGGUGUGAUGAAGGACAAUGGCGAGGCUGUGCCUCUCAAGUCACACCUGGCAGAGGCACGGCAGCUCAUCAACCUCAUUCUCAGUAACAACCCGGAGCAUUAUGCGACCAAGUCUCACCGGGAGAAGAAUUACGGGGCGCUGGCGCCGACUAAAGUGCUCAUUGUCUGCGAUAAGUAUCGGGAUGUGGGGGAGGCUGCAGUUGGUUUGUUUGGCACUCGCAAUUCAAAGCAGGUAAACAAGAAAAAGGGACUAGAUGCUCUGGCUCGGAGGCUACGGGAGGAUAUCGCAAAUUCAGCCUGA